AUGCAAAAGUACACGUAUGAAAAAGCAAUGGCUCAAGAGACAAGGAACGGAGGAACGUCCACGUUAAACAACAGCAACGGCUUUGACAACAGCAAGAAGAAAGCGCUGAUAGCGCUCGACAUCUUCUGUCUGCUGCUCGCUAGCCUGCCUUUCCUGAUCAUUGAGACUAGCACCAUAACGCCAUACCAGCGCGGGUUUUACUGUUCGGACGAGUCCAUCCGCUACCCCUAUAAAAACGGAGAGACCAUAAGCGAUGCCGUGCUUUGUGCUGCUGGCAUUCUUAUUGCCAUCCUCUCUAUUGUGAUUGGAGAAUGCUACAGAAUCCACCAGCUACAUGAAGGAACAAAGUCCUUUGUGGGGAAUCCCUACAUCGCAGCGCUCUACAAACAGGUGGGCGUGUUUAUUUUCGGCUGUGCCAUCAGUCAGUCAUUCACAGAUAUUGCAAAGGUAUCAGUGGGUCGUAUGAGGCCGCACUUCUUAGACGUCUGCAAACCAGAUUUCUCUACCAUCAACUGCUCCCUGGGAUACAUCAAUGAAUACACCUGCACUGGCCCUGAGAGCAAAGUACAAGAGGCCAGGAAAUCCUUCUUCUCAGGGCAUGCCUCGUUUUCAAUGUAUACCAUGCUCUAUCUGGCUUUCUAUCUCCAGUCCAGGUUCACAUGGCGUGGCGCUCGUCUCCUCCGCCCUUUACUCCAGUUCACCCUGUUAAUGAUGGCCUUUUACACUGGUCUGUCUCGUGUCUCCGACCACAAGCACCACCCGACUGAUGUCCUGGCAGGCUUUAUACAGGGAGCCCUGGUGGCUUACUGCAUAGUGUUCUAUGUGUCAGACCUGUUCAAGGCAAGGGCAAAGCCGGCGACACCCCCACCCUCCCCCAUUAAGAAGGAGCUUCUCCAAUCAUCUGACAUCAUUGAGAGGAACAACCACCACAACAUGGUGUGAAAAAGGCCAACCAUCUAACCUGUGACUGAGGAGCCAAUCGCAGUGCUACUCACCUCCCAUCGGACAGUAGAAUGUAGCGAAGAGAAACUAGCUGCUUCUCAAAUGGCAUCCUCCUCCCUACUGCAACGCCCUCCGAGGUGCAUUGAGGACUAGGGUGUCAGAUUUGAGAUUUGCACAGCAAGAGUCCACUCUUACUAUCCAGAGUUAUUAUUUACUAUUUUGUUAUCUACUAAUCAACAUAUGAGCCCGUUGUUUUGAGCACAAACAGAAAAUCUAAAAGAGAAAUGGGUAAAGAAGCUGACAGGCAGAGCUGAGGGUGUGGAGACUGGAUAGAAAUGUAACCGCAUCCAGUAAAAAUGUGAAGAAGGAAAACACAAGCCCUGCCUACCCAGAGAGGGAUUUGCCGUGUUGUUUCCUCUCUGAACUCUCUGUGGCCUUGGAAUAUCGUAGGACAACAACUUCCUGAGCUCCAGGAAGGAUAAUACUGCAAUUCAUAGCAGCAUAGAAAUAUUAACAGUAUAGAAAAUGUAUAACUUAUAGCACUGUUUUUAAGUUCAUUGUUCGUGGUCACCACUCGCUGCCUAAUAUGUCUCACCAAAAACUUGAUGGUGCUGAUGUCCUUGAGACAGAAAUAUUUAAUCAGGGAAGCUGUGUCAUGGUUUUAAUAACACACAUGCAGGCUAUUUCUACUGGGGACGGGGGGGCAUAUGCUGAUGUUGCCGCGCCUUCAUGCUUUGCAUGUCUUCUUGCUUUUCAAGGCUGUGACUUGCAUGUGCUGGCAUCGGUAUCUUAUCAUAUUGGGAUUUUAAUGCCGCAUUUCCACAAAGAAGGAACUUGGAAUUCCCUUCCUGAAGGUGGAAUUCUACCUAGCAAACUCAGGCAUGGUUUCCAGUCAGUUUCAGCAUGGCCGUUUACUGCAAAACAUAACAGUAAUUAUUUACUUGGAAUGAUUUAUCUACUUUUGCACAAUAGUUCACAAACCAACAUAGCUGCACU